CAUUUGCUGAAAACUUUGGGAGAAAAGUUGUGUGAAGUUGGAUAUUCCGUUGUUUGAUUGUCACAAAGCUGGUGGCACUGAUAUGACAAUUGUUUGGUGUUGUUCAUAAGUGUUUGUUUUACAUAUAUGAUUUCAAAAUGUCGAACAUAUUUACUCCUACGAAUCAGAAACGCUUGACGAAUGUUGCGAUCGUUAGGUUGAAAAAAGGUGGAAAACGUUUCGAGAUCGCCUGCUACCCAAAUAAGGUGACAUCGUGGAGGAAUAAAGUUGAAACAGACAUUGAUGAGGUCUUGCAAACGCACACUGUUUUCAUGAAUGUUUCGAAAGGCCAGGUUGCAAAGAGUGAUGACCUGAAGCGAGCUUUUGGAUCUGAAAACCAGGAAGAGAUUUGUCUUCAGAUUCUAUCAAAGGGAGAAUUGCAGGUGUCCGAGAAGGAGAGACACACACAGCUGGAGUCCAUGUUUAGAGACAUUGCUACAACGGUAGCUGACAAGUGUGUGAAUCCGGAAACAAACAGACCUUACACAGUCACGUUGAUAGAGAAAGCUAUGAAAGACCUACAUGUAUCUGUAAAGCCAACAAAAAGCACAAAACAACAGGCAUUGGAAGUGAUAAAGCAGCUGACAGAGACGGAGACAAUCAAAAUCCAGAGAGCCCAGAUGAGGUUAAGGAUUGCCUUACCAGCAAAAGAUGCUAAGAAACUGAAAGAAAAGAUCAAGAAACUGGCUUCCAAAGUAGAGAGCGAGGACUUUGAUGAUGAUUAUGAAGUGGUAAUUUUAGUUGACCCUGGCUGCUACAGAGAAUUGGAUGAUCUCGUGAGAUCAGAGACAAAGGGCAAAGGUCAUUUGGAGGUCAUUAACUUAAAACAUAUGGAAGAAGGGGAUGAGAGACUAGAAUAAGGAGACAAGAAAGACACACAUGGGGAAAUACAUCACAGAGUAUUAUUAAGAUCAGUGGAUUCAUUUCCAAUGGCUAUUUUUUUGUGGAAUGUUGGAACAUUUAAAUCCAUUGGGACCCAUGACGAAGACAUACAUAGCACCAUCUGGAUGUUUUCUGCAGGAGGGUAACUCAGUGGUAUAUAACCCCGAGGAGCUUUUCACUAAGCAGUGGACUGCAUCACUGUGUUAUAUCCCCUUGGACAACAUCCAGAAGGCACUGUGUCUACAUUAAUCUUGGUCAUAGGCCAUAACAGGGUACUGCUUCCCAUUGUAAUUACAUUGUAAAUGACUUCCCUCCCCGAACUUUGAAGAUCACUUUUCUCGCAAAAUGAUUAAUUCAAUUCUGGACAGAGGUGUUUUUUAGAUUUUUUCUUCCUCUACUGCAAUCAGACGACAGACCUUUUUUUCCUCCAAUCCAACCAGAUUACAGACAGCAUCUAUCCAGUUUCAAAUAGAUAUUUUGCUGACCUUGCUGAACAGCCAUGGCAUUUUAGUGUUUUAUUUGGUCAGUGCCCUAUAUCCAGGGUGCUUUAUUUGGUAAUCUAAUCAGGCAAUUGUAGGACAAAUAAAGGUUGUAAACUAGGACGUACAUAUACCGUCCAAGCAGGAGUCUCUCACCAAUUCGGCCGCUGUGAGUUCAAGUCCAGCUCAUGCUGGCUUCCUCUCCAGUUGUACGUGAAAAGGUCUCCCAGCAACCUGCGGAUAGUCAUGGGGUUUCCACCCACCAUAAUGCUGGUCGCCGUCGUAUGAGUGAAAAAUUCUUGAGUACGGCGUAAAACAUGAAUAAAAAAAAUCAAAUAAAUAUACCUUCCAAGCAAAUCUCAAAACUUGUGUCAUAGGAUCGUCAGAAUCUCAGAAUCAAGCAAAAUGAGAAACUUAGCCCUUGACACAAUCCAGUAGUAUUUAGCACUUCUUCUCUGUGGUGUUUUUCUCCAGUGUGCCAGUCACAUUGUAUAUCCACUGCCGUACUUGCAGUAAUAUAACCAGACAUUAUAAUCCUGCCGACUUGAAAUGGUGGAGGUGCUGCCACUCUGUCUUUUUUAAUGUGUCACUUCUUUGUAUUGAAAUGGUAUGCCUUGAACUAAAGUCUAGGCUUAGUUCCAUGUAUCUGUUUGUGGUAAGAAAACGUGAAGGUUUUGGUACAAGAUUUGCACUGUUGGCGUCACUGGCAUACCUUGACUAGUCAGGUGAACUUUCUCACUUUCGUCUGAGCUUGACUGAUAGGUGGAGCAUGUUGGUACUAACCUACCCUAACCGAGGAGUUCAACUUUCUCAUUUUUGUCUGCGCUUGAUUGAUUGGUGAAAUAUGCUAGUACCAACCUAUCUUGACCAAUCAGGGAAACUUUCUCAGUAUUGUCUGCACUUAAUUGAUUGGCAGAGUAUGCUGGCACUUCAGGACAAAACGCCCUGGCGUGAGCUCUGUGUCAGUGACCUCUGACUUGGUAAGUGGGUUGUCUUGUAGAAUGGGGUCUUUUUGCUAAGGUUCAUUACUGUAUUUCACAGUAUGUACAUGUAUUGUAUUGCUUGUCAGAGUGGAAAAGACAAUGCAACACAAGUCAUUUUAAGCAUCACAUAGAUCUGUACACAAAGGGCUGUUACAUGCUUCACUGUUUUUACUGUUUUCAAACUGGUGCUAUACAACAUGUGGCCAUUUUAAUAAUAUUUAAUUUACAAUUGACAUAUUUCGCUAAUAUGGUGAUAUUUUAUGAAUACAUCAAGAGCACAUUUUAAUUUUUUUUUUUUUUUUUGUGAAGAUUUAAUGGAUGUCCUUGAAUUACAUUAGUUCUCUUGUACUUAUUAGCCGCUAUUUAACAGGAACAUUAAAGGAGAAGAGAACUUAAAAUCAUAACAUUAUAGGCUGAAAAGAGAACAUUUUUUUUUUUCUACCUGGUGGUGCCUGCUGCAUAAUUUUGCCAUUUUUCCUCGCCAUACA